AUUUUUACCAUAACAAAUUGAAUAAAUAACUUAUUUUAUUCCUUAAUUGUGUAUCUUCGUUGCUCUAACUCUUGAAGAUUCAAUAGCUCAUCUAUUUCUGAGAACUUGAGUCUCCCAAGAUGCAGUAUGAAUAAAAUCAAGUUUGGUGUGAAGAUGAAACACGCUCUUUGAUUGAAUUGCACAAGGCUUAUAUUUCCAAGCUCAACGAUAGCAAUUAUUCAAGGCGGCAGUUUUUAGAAGAUAUUUCACGUGAAUUGAAGAUGAUUGGUUAUGAAACAACUCCUGAAAAUGUUCGUAAUAAAAUUAAGUAUUUGCGUAACAGAUACAGGAUCGUAAUGGACUAUAACGCAAAACACGUAGAAAAAAGAGCCAUGCCAUUUUUUGAUGAAUUGGGUGAAUUGUAUGGUAUGGAUUAUGUUGAAGAUUCAGAUCUCUGUGCAGAGCAAAAUGGGAAUGGUUCUGCUGAUAUUUCUUACCAAGUACCUGGAAAUGAUCGUGCAUCAAAAAGAACUUGUGUUGGCAAGACAACUAUACCUGCUUCACAUGUUGAUCUACGAACUGUAGUCACGUCAAAGAAAAAAACUGAUGAAGGUUCCAAACCACCAAAAAUAAUUGUAAAGAAAAAAUCCAAUGCAAAAAAUAGAUCUCAGCCUUUGUUUCAAUGUGGUCUUUGUAUGGAUAAAUUUCGAACAUCUUAUGAUAUGCAUGGACAUACAUGUAAACCAUCUGCCAAAAAGAACAGUAGCAAUUCUCCCAAAAAGAAACAAAAUUCUGCCAACUCUCCACAUACUGUUUUUCACUGGAAUAGCUUGAUUACAAUGCAGUUCUUGGAUUUACUUAAAGACUAUCAAGAUAGUCACAAAAGCUCAAAUUUCAGAAAAGGAAACUUGUGGGAGAAUAUGUGUGCCUUAAUGAAAAGACGGGGCCAUGCUAUUCACCCGAAAGAGCUGCAAAGAAAAUGGAACAUAUUGUCCUCUGCAUAUGCAAAAACAAUUGCGUAUAAUAAGCACCAUAAAGACAAAAAAAAAUGUGCCUUCUUCAAGCGCCUGACUGAUUUGUACAAGCAUCCAUCAUCUUUUGAGUGCUUUUCUACAGAAGAACCUGUUAAAAUGACAGUGGAAGUAUCGCCAUUUUCUUAUGCAUCACGUGAACCUGGUAUCAUUUCAAGAUCAUCAUCAUCUAAUUCUAGCUCACAGAAAAAGCUUAAAGAAGAAAGACAAGUAAAUCAUAAUGAAAACAACUUUGCAGACCUUAUUCAUUGGCUUGACAAUACAUGGACAGAGUGGAAAGAACUUGAAAAAAAACGAGAAGCGCUCCAAGCACAGAGACAUAAUGAGUUAAUGGAAAUGUUGUCAUACAUGGUCGAUAGCAACGCAAAACAAUAAUAAGCAUAUUUAGAUUUGUGGCUUAAAGGUUAUUGUUUUCAUUUAUUUAUCAUUAUGACAAGCAUUUUAUAUUAUUUGUGGUUAGUUUGUUUUUGUCAUUGACCAUAUGUGUGGCAUGAUGUAUUCAAUUAGUCUUAAGAUCUGUUAUGAUUAUUGUAAUUGUGCUUCAAAAAAUAUAAAGUAAUAUUUUUUUCAGAACUGGUUUGAUAUGAAAAUUUUCUUUUUAACAAAACGUGUUUUGUGGAAGAUAUUCAAAUGCAAUAUUUAGGUUAUUAUACAUUUAGUGUAGUAAAUUAAAAUUAAUGAGGUGAAAUUUGUGGUUUUUUUCUUGUUUUUUUAUGAAAGAAAAGUGUUUAGAAAUUUAUCUGCAUAUUAUAUUCUGUAUAAUUUUUGGGUGGAAAAUUAGGAUCUGCAUAUUAUACUCUGUAUAAUUUUUGGGUGGAAAAUUAGAUUUUCUUUUGAAAUGUAAUCAGCUUUAUUUUAUUUGAAAUGAAUUUUUACUAACUUUUUUUUAUGUUUGAAGUGCAACUUUAUUUUUAUUGUGAUGUUGUAAAUGAACAACUGUGUGCUUAGAUAUCAUUUGAAAAAAAAUAAUCUCAGCUCUUUUAUACCUAUAAUAUUAUAUUCGUAACAGUUACCAUUACAUUGUGUAAAUUAGUAUUAAUAUUUUUAAAUGAAUUAACAUUCAAUGAAAUAAUAUAUUAAAAACUUUUGUACAAGAUUAAAAGUUUUAGAAAUUAAAAAUGGGGGAAAAAUAAAUAAAUAAAUAAAUAAAUAAAAUAAACUUUUAAGUUAUAAUUUUUGAUUACCUAAUAUAAAUUUUAAUUAUCUUUUCAUGUACGACCAGUGUAAUUAUUGCCUUCUGUAACAAAAUUCAGUAAAAUUUCUGAGGAUUGCUAUUAUAAAGAUUUUUGUGGUGUAUUAUUGCUCACUGAUUCUGCAUUUCUAGAAAAUCUUAUUUUCCCAUUAAAAAGUGUAUGUUAAUUUUCUCCUUUCCUCUAAAAAUUUGGUGUUUAGUAAUGCUCUAAAAUUGAAAUGGAUUUCUCUCAUUAUCUUGUACAUUUAUCUGCAUUUAUUUAAAUGUCAUAUUACAUAUACUUUAAUGAAAGUAAAAACAACAUAGUGUGAAAAUUUAAGUACUGUUUUAAAAUUUCAAUUUGGACAUGCUGAUCUCGAUGCUUAAUCAAUCUGAUUGAUGUCUGACACAAUUUUGAAGGUGCAAGAACAUAAUUUUAACAUGAAAAUAUAUAAGUAAUAAAAUCAAUAUUUUGUGGCAAUAUAUGUUUAUUUAGAUUAAAAGUGUGCAAGCACAAUGAUGAAAUAAAAUAUGAGUAUUAUCAAAGUAAUCAAGCCACGUCCAUUAAAGUAGUCUAAUUAUCAUAUUAUAAACAUGAUUAUAUGGAAGUUCUUUGAUAUUUAUUAUCAUUUAAGUGUUAGAUAAAAUUUAAUAUUUAAACUAAAACUGAUAGUAUUUUUUUUAUCAUCUGUAGUCACUUUAUUUCUAUUAAGGUUUACUUGAAAUUUUAUAGAAUGCAUUUUAUGCUAUUUGUGUACUGUUUGACUAAUUUAUUUUUAUUACCUAAUUUUUUAGUGUCAUGAACUUGCAUUAUUGUGUGUAUUUGUUCAAGCAAAUGUACGCGUAUUUAUUUUAUCUGAUGCAUAAAUGUUAAUGUGCAGCUUUGUCAUUCGUAAAUUAAGCAUAAUUUACCUUCAAGUCCAGAUCAAAAACAUUGCUUAUAUAUUUUUUAAUUGCUCAAUUUUUUAACGUGUUAUUUCUUUUACUUUCUUCUUCCCUUUGUAAAUAUUUAAGUUUCUUACUUCAUUAUCUCACCAUAUUAAGGACUUCUAUUGGGUGUAAACUGUACUCUGAGAGUGAAAUGUAUAUCACUACCAAAACAGAAAUUACCGCUAUGUGCAUAGAUUAUAAUAUACAGAAUAAAACUAUUGUUAUCUCUGAACUUAAUUUAGGAUUUAGGUUGAUGAAGAAAUCAUAAUUUUUUAAUUCUGAAAUAUCAUAAGAUGCUUCUGUAUCCUUGUAAUAUGCAAACUUUUUUUGAUGGGUAAUAAAUAUAUUGAACUUUUUCUUAUAAAAAAUUUAGGUACUUUUCCGUUUCGCCGGCGCAAAUCUCGCCAAGCAGACUUUGUUGGCGACAGCAUACAGUAUACAC